AUGGUUUUAAGGAUGAUUGUUUUCAUUCAUGUUCUGUUCAUUGCUGGGAAGGUCAUCUCCAAGAAAGGUGUUAAAUGUGGAGGAAUCCUCUCUGCCAGCAGUGGCAACAUGUCAAGUCCUAAUUUUCCAGGCCUGUAUCCUUAUAAUACAGAAUGCACCUGGCUGAUAGUGGUGUCAGAGGGCUCAUCAGUUCUGUUGACCUUCCAUCACUUUGAGCUGGAAUAUCACACAGACUGUGCUUAUGACUACAUAAAAAUUUAUAAUGGCAUCUCAGAGGAAGAGGGAAACCUCCUGGGGAAAUUCUGUGGCAAUGUGUCUCCUCCUCAGUUCAGCUCCUCCUGGAACGUCAUGUCCAUCAUUUUCCAUUCGGACCGGCAUGUUGCACACAAGGGCUUCUCUGUGGGCUACAGGAAAGAUACAUGUGGUGGUGUUUUGACUGGUCUUUCUGGGGUUAUUUCAAGCCCAGGUUAUCCACUAGAGUACAGCAACAAUGCUGACUGUUCCUGGACUGUACAUGUGUCUAAUCAGAGUGUUGUGAGCCUAGUGUUUCUCGACUUUCAGUUGGAAAACAACGAGGGGUGCAACUUUGACUAUGUGGCUGUUUUUGAUGGCCCAACUGUUAAACAUCGUCACCUGGGCAACUACUGCGGUAGUGAGAAACCUCCCAACACCAUCACCACAUCAAACCAACUGCUGGUGGUCUUCAAGUCUGAUUUUAACAUUGGGGGGAGAGGUUUUAAAGCCUAUUACUAUUCAGGAGAGUGCCAACAAAUUCUUAAAACUAUCGGCGGAAACUUCACUAGCCCUCACUACCCAGACAUCUACCCCAACAACAUCAACUGCCACUGGACUCUUACUCUUGAAGCCGGCUACAGGAUUAAGUUAUUUUUCCCCUUUCUAGAACUCGAGGAUCGGAACAGCCUGACCGACAUGUGCGAUUAUGACUCUGUGGCUGUGUAUGAUGGGGACAGUGAGGCAGAUACUCUGUUGGGACAAUGGUGUGGCAGUGAGCACCCCCCAUCUUUGACCUCCAAGGGAAAUAAACUGUUGAUUGUGCUUAACACUGAUCGAAACUUUGCCUUUAAGGGAUUCACAGCCUCAUAUAUAGGAGUGGUGCCAGUCAAUGUGAGCUGCACCAGAACUGAGUUUCAAAUUCAGAUCUCCAGACAAGCUUUAACUCAGCUGGACCGUGAGAACAUUUAUCUGGGGAAUCCAUCCUGUUCUGCCCAGCUGACUGAAACAUCCUACAAAAUUCUUGCUCGCUUUGUAAAUUGUGGAACUGCUGGACAGAAACGUCAAAACAUCACCAUGCUAGUGAACUCGCUCUAUAUUGACUUCUCUGAUGGAAAGCAGCAGAAUAUUCAGGAAUACGAGGUGCAGUGUGACGCUCAGAGGAAGGUGGCCAUGGUCAACAUCAUUUCAGCGGAGGAGCGGAAUAGACUCAAUGAACUGGCCCGUCUCGCAGAGCAAGCAAGCAGCAAGACUGAGGAUGAAGAAAGUGAACCUCAUGAGACCAGUGAUAUCAUCUUCUUCAGCAUCUGCGUUCUGGCUGUCAUCCUCAUGUUAAUUGCUAUUGUGUGGUUGGUGCUCCUAUAA